CAGUAAAUGUAAAUAAAACCAGCAUCAUCAACUGGUAGAAACUUCGCGAAACUCCUCAUCACAGCCGAGCUCGCAGCCAUCUUGGCGAGGCACGAAGGAUCGCAACUUCCGCUUUAGUCAUUCGCGCCUUUGUGGAGUCGCGCGAGGUCGCCUAGAUUUAAAAAGAUGGUUUACAGCUUGGCAGGUGUCUGCAACUACGCUUCGCAAAGUUUCACUAACGGAGAAUAAUACGUUUUCACACCCUUUAGAUGUCCUUUCCUCGCAGUGAAUGCUGUCAGCAGAAUGAAGACCUUUACAGAAGAUAAGCAUCCAUAUGUCAUCUAUGAGGAUCUGUCCCAGCGCUCAGCGGGGUCUCUCCCGCAAAGCUACAGCAGCCCAGCCAGUGGGCAGAAGUUCUUUACGAACUUGAACAGCAGCAGGGGCCACUCAGACACCAGCCUGGAAGGAGACGAGUGUCCCUCGCAAGGAGAUGUCUUCGAGCUGAGAUGUCCGGAUGACCAGGGGAAUGGCACCUGUCUCCUUUUUGGGAUCCAUGGCCCCAGCUUUCAUCCACCUCGCCAUCUGGCCACCCCGAGCUGCUUCCCCAAUGUCACCCUCAGUGCCAUGGCAUCAGAGCCCACUUUGUUUGAGAUGCCUGUGGAAUCAGUCCCAGAAAUGGGACUUGGCUGCCCAUGGUUCCCCACGGGGGAAGAGCUGUGUGACGCUGCAGCCUGCAUGACCUCUAGAUGCAAAGAAGAGCAAAGGGGCGAAGGAGUCUUUGUUAAAGAGGAAACGUCCGGGGAGCCCGUGUGCCAAACCAGGAUUGAGAAAUGUCAGCCUACCCUUGACCACAUGGGAGAAAACUUGGCUAUGAAGGGACCGGACAUGUGUCAGGUUCGCUGCAGCGUUUGUGGUGCUGUGAUGCUGGUGAACAACACUAAACUGGUCCAGAUGAACGACAUGCAGUGUGUGCUCCCUGGGCAAGUUCUUAAUGCUUCUGAGCAGCAGGUCCCCAGCGCAUCCCACAGGGGACCUCCUGAGCUCAGUGACACACAUGAGAAAGAGACCUUCAUCCUCGGGCAGAUGGUGUCCCCGACCCCUGCAGGAUCACACCCCACCAUGGUUCUGCCUGGCCCGGCCUCACCCAGCCUGCCCUUCAUCCAGGCCGCUCCCACUUUUCCCACUGUCACGUGUGAUGUUCCACCUGAGACCCUCAAGAGGGGCUGGAGCUCCAACUCCCUUCCUGAACCCUGCAUUUCUCAGUUCAGCCAGACAGCCUGCAACGUGUUUCCUGAUUCCAAGGGAUUACUCACUGAGACCCAGCCAAAGAUACCUCUCGAACGGAACCAGCAUUCUGGAACUUACUGGGACUCUGGGGCGAGGAAGGCCUGCCAGUGCAUGAAAUCGCAGUGCCUCAAAUUCUACUGUGACUGCUUUGCAAACGGAGAAUUAUGCAUCCGCUGCAACUGCGCCAACUGCUACAACAACAUGGAGCAUGCGCAUGAGCGCUACAAGGCUAUUAAGAUCUGUCUGGAGAGAAAUCCUGAUGCCUUUCAGCCGAAAAUUGGCAACAGGAAGUGGGGCAAAGUCAAGGGGCGUCACAAUAUGGGCUGCAGCUGCAAGCGCUCUGGCUGCACGAAGAACUACUGUGAGUGUUAUGAGGCCAACACCAUAUGUUCCUCUACCUGCAAGUGCGUGGGCUGUAAGAACUAUGAAGAGGGUUUCAAGAAGACGAAGGGUGUUUAUGCUAGGUGUAAAAAUGACAAUAUCCUUUCAUACAAGGGAAACCUGUAUCAAUACAGCAAGUGUCCACUCGCGUGCAUCACGUCUGACGUUGUGGAAGCAACAUGUGGCUGUCUUAUUGCUUGCGCCGAGGAGGCCGAAAAGGAAGGCUACACUCCGCCUCAAGCUGAGAAGAUGAUUCUGCAAGAGUUUGGCCAGUGUCUGACGCAAAUCAUCCGUUACGGCCUUGACGUGAGCAUCUGUUUGCAGCUUAAUGUAUUCUCUUUCCUCACCGGAGGACAUGUACCUUGAAGAGAUACCUCACUCAGAGGGGAGUAUUGAACCUGAGAUCCUGUUGUUUUCAGUUGUUCAUGUGAAUAAAAGAAGGGGGGAAACGCCAGAAGCAACAGAUGGUUCUGCUCGCCAACAUACAAACACUCCUCUUGGUGAAAUGAAGAAGAGAACUACACUGAUGUGCACUUGCACAAUCAUAUGGAUCUUCUUGGCCGUGGUUUCAUGCACCGGUACAAAGGUAAGACAUCAUCCAAAGUUUUGAUGAACCUAUUGACUUUACCGUAUUUGGCACUGGUGAUUCUACAAUAUGUCAAUGUUUCAUAUGGCUUGCUGUGUACAAUUUCAGCAGAAUAAACUGAAUGCAAAAAACUGGGGUCCACAGUCAAUGAUGUACCUCAAAGGAAAAUAUGGAAGAAGAUUUGCACAAGACUACGAAGAAGACAAUGUGUACAAAUCAGUACUGAACAACUGGUCCAGUCUCCU